GUCUGCAUUUUUCAUCAAACCACAGCGUCAUACUCAGAAUCUCCACACAAGUAGCAAACCGCAGCAACAUGAGCAGACCGACGAUCUCAGAAGUUAUCGCUGAGCGCAAGGCUAGCAACACGGCGGCCUUCAUCACCUUCGUGCCCUGUGGCUUCAAGACCAAGGCUGACACGGUGGACAUCUUGCUGGGGCUGCAGCGUGGUGGCGCCAACAUUAUUGAGGUUGGAAUCCCAUACUCGGACCCGCAGGCUGAUGGCCCGACCAUCCAGCGCGCCCACCAGGUGGGCGUGGACCAGGGCAUCACGCUGCAUGACGUCCUGGCCACAGUGAGUGAGGCACGCAGCAAGGGUCUUACCACGCCGGUGGUGCUCAUGGGCUACUACAACAACAUCAUGCAGUACGGAGAGGACAAAAUCUGCCCCGAUGCCCAAAACGCUGGAGUGGACGGAUUCAUUAUUGUGGACUUGCCGCCUGAGGAGGCCAAGUCGCUCAGUGAUGACGCAGCUAAGCACGGACUUGCCUACAUCCCGCUGGUGUCCCCUACGACGACAGAGGAGCGCAUGAAGCUGAUUGACUCUGUGGCUCAUGGCUUCGUAUACUGCGUGAGCCUCACGGGUGUCACUGGCGCACGUAAUGAACUGCCGCCGAACCUCGAUGUGUUCAUGGCUAAGAUUCGUGCCAACGUGAAGCACCCGCUAGCGCUGGGCUUCGGUCUAUCGACCCGCCAGCAUUUCGUACAGGCCAGCGCUCUCGCGGAUGGCGUUGUUAUCGGCUCCAAGAUUGUCAAGAUCAUCGAGGACGCACCUGACACAGCCACCCGUGCCGCCAACGUCGAGGCGUUCGCCAAGAGCAUCGUGAACCCCUAGGCUGUUAGAGACGCAAACUAGGACAGAACUGUUGAGUUACUAUUGUGUCGUGCAGCGCACCGUUCCAACAAAUUUAUACUAAAAAUGCUUUACUUCUCGACGAGCGGAGUCGGCAAGUGUUUUAUUGUGUCCUGGUGCCAAGGAAUUGUUUGCUGCCAGUGGCUCAGAU